UCUCUCUCUCUCUCUCUCUCUCUCACUCCCCAUUCUUCCUUUUUCUUCUCUUUCUCUCUCCUUUUUUUCUCAUCCACCACCAAUUCACUUUUCUUCUUCCUUCACAAUAAUCUAACCACCUUUUCUUCUCUGCAUAUCUCACUGAAACAAUCAACCAUUUUCUUCUUUUGAGAUAUGUUUAUGGUUAUGGAUUCAGCAGAAAGGUGCUUAGAUUCUCAACUAUGGCAUGCCUGUGCUGGUGCCAUGGUUCAAAUGCCACCCCUCAACACAAAAGUCUUCUACUUUCCCCAGGGCCACGCUGAACACGCUCAUGGGAAGAGGGUAGAUUUCGCCAAAAACCAAACCCGUGUUCCACCACUCAUCCCUUGCAGACUCUCUGCCAUGAAAUACAUGGCAGACCCUGACACUGACGAGGUGUAUGUCAAAAUGAGGCUCACCCCUUUGAGGGAACAUGAAUUGUUGGAUUCACAAGAUGAUUGUUUCUUGGGGAACAGUGCUGGUGGAGGAGGAGUUGAUCAGGGUCAAGAGAAGCCUCCAACUUCUUUUGCCAAGACACUCACACAAUCUGAUGCAAACAAUGGUGGAGGCUUUUCUGUGCCUCGUUACUGUGCUGAAACCAUUUUCCCAAGGUUGGAUUAUUCUGCUGAGCCUCCUGUUCAGACCAUCAUUGCUAAGGAUAUGCAUGGACAGUGCUGGAAGUUCAGGCAUAUCUAUAGAGGGACACCAAGGAGGCAUCUUUUGACCACUGGAUGGAGCAAUUUCGUGAACCAGAAGAGGCUUGUUGCUGGCGACUCUAUUGUGUUUCUGAGGGCAGAAAAUGGGGAUCUUUGUGUUGGGAUAAGGCGGGCUAAGAAGGGGAUUGGUGGAGGGACUGAGUUCUCUUCUGGUGGAUGGAAUAACCCUCUCUUUGGUGGUGGCUUCUUGUGUGGGAGUGAGAGCAAUUUGAUGAGUGGUGGUGAUCAUGAGAUGUUGGUGGGAAGAGUGGCUGCUGAAUCUGUUGUUGAGGCUGUGACUUGUGCUGUUAAUGGAAGGCCCUUUGAGGUUGUGUACUAUCCAAGGGCUAGUUCGCCAGAGUUUUGUGUUAAGGCUUCUGUUGUGAAGGCUGCAAUGCAAAUUCAGUGGUGUUCUGGGAUGAGAUUCAAAAUGCCCUUUGAGACUGAGGAUUCUUCUAGGAUCAGCUGGUUCAUGGGAACCAUUUCUUCUGUUCAAGUUGCAGAUCCCAUCCUUUGGCCUGAUUCUCCAUGGCGUCUUCUGCAGGUGGUGUGGGAUGAGCCAGAUUUACUUCAAAAUGUGAAGUGUGUAAACCCGUGGCUGGUUGAACUAGUCUCAAACAUGCCUACAUUCAAUCUCUCUGCAUACUCACCUCCUAGAAAGAAACAACGUUUUCUACAGGACCCUUAUUUUCAAGUCAUCAACCAACUCCCAAUGCCUUCAUUCUCUAGCAACCUUCUCAAUUACACCAACUCUAUUUGUACCAUUGAAGAUAACAAUAGUUCUGGAGGCAUACAGGGAGCCAGGCAUCCUCAAUUUGGACUAUCUCCUUCUGAUUUUCCCUUCAACAAGCUCCCAGCAGACAUGCUUCUAGGUGGUUUCUCAAGGCUUGACCAUGCAGCAGCACAACCUAUUAUGCCUCAUUGUGGAACCUUUAAGAACAACACCACUACUAAGGCCAAUGUUGACAUUUCUUGCUUGUUGACUGUGGGAAAUCCUGGCCAGAAUUUCAAGGAAUCCAAUGAAACAAAAGCACCUCACAUCUUGUUAUUUGGAAAACUCAUUCACACUGAGCAGAAGAGCUCAAACACUACUAGCUCUGCUAGUACUAAUGGUAAUAGUGUAUCUGAGGGGAAUUCACUCAAGACAUCUAAUGCUUCUGAUGGAGGAUCUCCCUGGUACAAGGAACAACACAAGUCUGAUCUUGGAAAUGACAAUGUUAACACAUUGUGUAUUGCUUUAUAACAAAUGAACCUAUUUUCAGUUGCUGUGCCAGUGAGUCUUGGAGACAUCAAUGCGGCUAACCAUUCUUAUAACAGAUUUCAGUAGCUGUAGUGUUGUUGCCUUUGUUGUAUAGGUGUUGCUUUUCCUUCGGCAUAAAUUGUACUUUGGUGCAAGUUAACAAAAAUAUUCCCCGUUUAAUUCAGAAACAGAUUUUAUGACAUAAAUAACUAUUAUGGAUUGUUUGUUAAAACUGAGUAACCGUUUUGAUGAACUAAAGGGGCAAUAUUUUCGUUAACUUGCACUUGACUGAAGUUUUCUCUCCUAGCUAGUACUAUAUUUCCUUAUUUUGAGGGAGAAUCCCUCUUCCAAUUAUGGGAUGAUAUAACUCAUGAGUUUCUAUCAAGGAAUGCUUGUCUUUAUUCUUGAUUUAAUAUUCAA